AUGGAGAAGGGUUACACUGGUUUGAGGAGAACGUGAGUACCUUCUACUUUGGGUUUCUAAGCUUUUUUCGUGGUUGAGAUUGAGAUUUUGUGCAAUUUUUUUAGGCGAAAACGUGCACAUUCGACCAAGUGCUCGUGUUGCUACUCGUCAGAAGACGAACCGGAAAAUCAUGCAAGCGCUAGAAAAGAGGUGUGUUGAUUAACCAUUUACUUUCAUGCAAAUAGUCAAUCUAUGAUAAGGGCAAACGAGGCUUUUAAUUGUAGCUUUUAAGGAAAGCUCGGAAAAUGACAAGAAACUCGACAGCAACAGUUUCCUUCGCCAGAUUUGUUAUGAGUUCUUGAAUUCACCACGAGCAUGUGAUGACCGCGGAAGAAAGUGAACUUCGAUAAUCCUGCAGCUUUUUAAUCAAAAAAUUACUAAAACUCUGGAUUUCAGUCGUGAUUUCGGUCUGGAUAGCAUUUUUUUAAAAUACAAUUGGCGAUUAAGAAGCGUGAAAACCAAAUAUACAUGAGAUUGACGGGGCAAAACUUUGUUUUAGUUUUUCGUAGUACAUUGAUGAAACGCUGGAGUAGGGCUGGAAGUCGAAAUGAUGUUCGCUUAGUGUGGAAAAUUUACGGGCAAAUGUAUCUAAGGCUUGGCUCUUCGCUCACGCUGCAAAAUUCAGUAUUUAUCUGGGAUUUUGCUUCGUGCCAAAGGAUUGUGUAGCAUGUUUUUGACCCUCGAAUGCCAUGUGGUCAAUAUUUAUUGAGCGUAGCUCGGAUCGUAGGGCGAUCAGGCUGAAAUGUACACCGCUUUAGUCAAUUUCAUGGAAAAUUUAUUUACUUUCAUCGUCAUCGCCCUUCAAGUGGAUGCCACACCGACCUGCAACACAUACGGUUUUCGAGGUGAACGUUUUUCCAGAGUGAAAAUAUGUUAAGCAAAUCGAAAGUAACAGUUAUGCUUGCGAGGGACAAAGUUGGCACUUGCCCCAGAGAGAGACAGUCGAUCAGGCUUGUCCACGCAUCUGUUGGCCGGUUCUAAAUUUACACUAGACGUCAUGCAAGCGGAAUCCAAACAGAAUUUGUUUUCUGAUGUGCGAACGACAUUGCUGCACUGAAGAAGUUCUAUAAAAGUUAUUUAUUUUCUUCUUUUUCUUAAGAGUAAAAUAUUGUCGUAAUCCAUUGCGAAUGGAAUCUCGUCUCGACUGUUGCCCACGUGUGCGAUGAGUUCUUCUGAAAGUAGAAAAUUUAUUUUGCGACCUUGGGGAAAAAUGGUUUUUUUUGCACGUAACCCGCUAAAAUUAAAAUUACACCCAUAAUUUUUGUCGAAAUUAGAUAAAGUACAAAUCAGUUUUCAAGGAACGAUAGUUUUUAAAAUUUUUUGACAUUUGUAGGAGCACAUUCGAAAUGUUAAACACUUGUACAUGCGAUAUGUAAUUAUGCAAGCAAACUGUCUUUGGUUUUUAAUUUUUUUGACUGCGAAGAGAAUUAGUCGAUACAAUUUUCACUUUGAAGAUCACUUUGCUUGGCCUGAAAUAUUUUCUCGUUUGUCGCUGUAAUUUUCUGAAAAUUUCCCAGAUAACAUCGUUCAAAAUUUUUCUUGAUAAAGGUACGACUAUUUUUGGUGUUUUAAGAAUAAUUUACGCACAAGCCUUCGUUGCAGACCCUUAUCACAUUUAAAAUUUCUUUCACACCUGCACAGACAAUACUCAAGAAGUUAGCUUCCUCUUGGCUUAUUGCUAGAUUUUUUUCUUUUUUUUUUGCAAGAACUGAACACUCUUGAUGUGUAUAAUAUGUGGAUGUUAACACAUAAUUUUUCGUUAUGAUGUGUUUUGUCUGAUUUAUUGUAAGAGUCCCUUAGACGAAGAAGGAUUUUGGAUAUGAAAGGAGUUUCCAUCAGUAGUUGUUUUUUUUCAGUAGUAAACCCUGUUUACUAGAAAAGCAACAGAGAUCAGAGGAAGCCAGGACAUUUCUAACAACUCUGGCUAGACUCCAAGACUAAAUAAUGAGUCAAAACAAAACCUAAGAGUGAAUUAUUUAAAAAGGUCAUUAUUCUCCUUUUCAUCCUUUAAAUUACAUUUUUAAGAGUUAAAAGAUUUCUUUUGACCUCAAAGUCUUGAGAAUUUGUGAACAAUUUAAGAAAAUAUGUUGAAUAAUUUAAAAUAUUUUCCUGUUAUGAUAUACUUUUGCCUCACCAAUUUUGUCAAUCACUGCUGACUGUUAACAUAAAUGUGAAAUUAUCAUGUAAGAUUUUGUCGUCCAAGAAUGUAAAAAAGUUAUCUCUUGUAACCUAAAUGCAAAAUGGCCUUUUAUCACAUUAGUUAUGGUCAUUUGGAGGUAAUGGUAAACACCUUUUGUCAUCUUCAGAAGAUUAGACCAAAAAUGUUGGUGCCCUUGGACUAGUUACACACAAGUUGUAUGAUAAUCCUCUUGUUUUUUUUACCUUGGCUUUGAAGUUGUGAAUUUGCUCCAUUAUGUUUCAGAGGUCAAGUAAUGUCUGGUCUCAGUUUGGGUUAUUUUGUCUUAAUUAAUUUCAGUGUGGGUUUUUGUGGUCAAAAUAAACUGCUACACAGACAGGUUUUAUGCUUUUAGAGUGAUUAGCAAGAGUCCUUCAGAUGCCCACCAGGCAUUUAUUAAUUAAUUAACAUUUGAAGUCACACUUCAUGGGUGGCGGUCACUUCAAUUUGAUAAUCAGACAACAAGUAGCUUAUUUGCUAUAAGUGCUUAUCACUGGAAGUUGAAAAGUUAUGGCUGUUUGUAUUGAAUUGCAUUUAAUACAAGUUGGUUGGAUUUGUCACUCACCUAGGCAAGAUACCAGUUGAGAGGAAAUAAGUGUGAUGUGCUCUUCAUUUAUAGAGUCAAUCCUUUAGACUAAUAUUUCAAUUUUUUUGGUCAGUCCUUGUGCUUUUCUUUUCAGUCUGAGUUGAGCACAAUUUUUACUGCGCUAGCCCAGAAAACAAAUUACUAUUUUUGUAGUUGUUGUAUUAAUCAUUUUGCCAAAUUUCCACAGAAGUCCAAAGAAUGUGAUCCUGACAAUGGGAAACGAGCAAGCACGUAAGUUGUCAUCCCUAAGAACAUUUUCUUUGAUGCUUUUGGUUGUGAUUGUCUUGAUAUUCAUUUAUUUUCUUUUCUUACCUCUUAGGAGAAAAAAAGUGAAAACAGAGGAUUCUGCAAGUGUCAUUAAUGUCAAAAAUACAGGUGAAGGAACUCAAUCAGAUGAGUCUGUCAGCAAAACACAAAAGGGGAAUCAAAACAAGAAGUCAACAGCCUCUGAGACAUCCAAGAAAACUGUUCCAACUCGAAGAAAAACAUCAACUGCACAGAAAUCGUUGGAAAGCAAUCCAGAUGGGGAAGAUCUUGAACUGACAAAAAAACAACAUGGCAAAGUUAGCAAACCCAUGGAGAAAAAGAAAAGAAAAGUGCGAUCACUGACGUCAAAAAAUGAUAAGAAUCAAGGAGAAAACACGGACUUGAACAAAAGUGCAGAUAGUUUGGUAAACAUAACAUUAGCUCAAACUCAAUCAAGGAACAAAAGGGUGAAGAAAAAGACUUUGAAAGAUGAAGUGCAAAAUACUCCAAGGAAUGUUGACAAGAAUUUUGCUCACGGUAAGGAAAAGUCUAUAAACAAUAAACAAAAUACUACCAAGGCAAAGGCUGGGCUUGUUGUAGGAGGGACAGUGUCAAGUGAACUUAAACAAUCCAGUUCCAAAACAAGUGAGACAGAAGGUGAGAAACCGAUUAAGACUAGAGGUACUUCAAAAAGUGUUAAAUCUGUGAAUGAAUCUAAUGGGGAAACCAUAAAGGAGAAAGAUGUUCCUCUUGGAAGCAGAAAACGCACUAAUAAUUUCAAAAAUGGUGGAAGUUUGUCUGAGAAGAAGAUUGGUGUGUUUGAUCAUUUAUUUGCUGAACUAAAAAAGUGCCCAGGAUUUAGCAAAGUUACAGUUUCAUCUGCUGCUGAAUUGCUUCUCAAGCUGACAGCAGACAAACUAAAGUCCUUGAUCCCUGGCUUGCCAUCAAAAAAGAUGAAAAUAAGUGUGGAUAAAUUGAAAAAGACUGGAGAAGAUGCAACAUUGUUUCCAGGGAAAUCGAACUCUUCUUGUUCUGUAAGUGAGCCAAAAAGGAAGCGUCCAAACUCUGAAAAGUCUCCUCUAGGAUCUCCCGUAUGUCCAGAGAGGCCAACAACAGGGAAAUCUGAGCAAGUCAAACUUUCACAGGCUGCGGAGGCGCUGGUCAGCUUCCGCACCAAUCCUACCAUUUUGCGUCAGGAUAACAAAGAAGGUGACAUUUCACAUGGAAAGUCUCAAGAUGAAGUCACCUUAAAUACUUAUCCUGACUCUGUAAACAAUUCCUCUUCUAAGGAGCCCAGUUUGGUCAGUAAUGUUGUCUCUGCAUCAGUACAAAAUGUUACCUUAACAAGUGAGCAAGUUUUGUCACAGGUUGAAUGUAAUUCCCAUUCACAGAGCCAGGUAGUACCACAAGUUCAGCCAGGUCUUGUUGUGCAGAGUCCUUUCCCACAGCAAACUGUAAGAUUUCCUGCAAAUAUCGAAGCAAGCCUGCAACAAGUGGCUCAUGUACAGCAGAACUUGUUGAAUCUGAGUCAGGUAACAUCCCAGUUGAGUGCAGCUGCAGUGGCAACACCUCAAUUAAGCCCAAGUUUAACAGGAGCUUGCCCAACAAAUCCACCAGGGUCAAAUGUCUUGGGACCAAGGAUUUUGAAUUCAGCUGCAAUGCAAAAUAUUCAGGGUCUAUUUUGUAGACCAGUGGUACCCUCAAAUAUCCAAACAUCAAUGACUGCACAAAACCCAGCUCCAUCUCUGCCACCAAGCAGCAAUGCUCAACGAGCUCAUCCACAACAGCCAUUGAAAGGAAUGGAAAAUGUUGUCAGCUGUGUUGGCUCACGGUCGACUGCUAAUUUGCUGUGGAAUAUCAAACCAGCAACACCUGUUGUCUAUUUGACAAGCCCCCAGACACUUACUGGUGUCAGAGCUAGGAACUUGAUACCUCAAACUGAAGGUCAUACACCAUUACCUUUUACCUCAGGUGUGGCUAGUGUUCAGGCAUUGGGAAUUCCAAAGACCACACUAAACUCUACAAGUACAAGUAUAUUUACAUUAGGGAAAACAACAGGAGUGAGUCAGACUGCCCCACAGGUAGCACCUCAGUCUGUCAGUGUUAGUAGCCAACGGCUAAUUCUACCCCGUGAGCAGAGGGCAACACCUGUGUUUCCAGGUGGAUUGCAAAGUGCUGCUGCUCAGAUUCUGCCAACAACUGUCAUGGGGCAGAUCCCAAGAAGUAUUGCUCCAGUUGUUCUACCCAGAAGUGUUCCACUUCAGUUGGGUAAUGUAGGAGUGACAACUACCUUGAGUGCCAGGCAGCCAGUAACAUCCAGUACAACACCAGCAUUGUGUGCUGCCACUGUGCAAACCACUUCAGCUACUAAAACAACAACAACAGUUGCACCAGUGAGUGCCAAGCAGGCUGUGAAGAAGUUUGUUCACGAGAGGACCAAGUCUGUGGAACUGAAACGGACAGCCAGUCUGAACAACCUACUGACAAAUGAACCUGUACCAGUUUCCAAAUCUGCUGGGAUUGACAAAUCAAAAGGUGUUAUGGUGAAUACUGCGUUGCAGAGUCAUGGCAACCAGCUAUCAGACUCAUCAGAGAAGCAAAGUGCAACGAAGCAGUCAGACUUCAAUUUGCACCAGGCUGUGUCAGCACUUCUCAGCAUCAGCUCACAGGAUGGAUUAGAUGCAUCUGAUUCCACUCCACCAGGAGGAGAAGGUGACGAGUCCCUAGAUGAGCAUGACGAUGAGGUUGUUUUCACCAGCAAGGGUGUGUUCCGUGUUGGAGAUGUAGAUGUUGACCCAAAAUACAACAGAAUUGGCAGAGGUAAGAGUGUUGUUAAAUUGACAGAAAAAUUUACAUCUUAGAUAGACAGAGAAUAAGAAAUCAACUAAGGAAUAAAGUUUGGCCUCAACUCUUUAACGUCAAGAUCUGAUUAUUAAUUCUCCCCUCUGACAAGCACACAUUUUUUGUAAACUAGUUACGAGAAUUUGGUGUUAGAUAGAGAUAACAACUUCUACCUGAUAGGUUUGAGUAUUCUCAUGACCUGUUUGGUGGAUAACAUAUGGAUGCUAUAGGAAGAAGUUACAUGUUGAUCACUUUGGGGAGUUAAAGUUUUAAGUAACCAUUGAUAAACGGCAAACUUUGCCCUCAACAAUAGACUAUUUUCUUUCAUGUUGGGCUGUCUCUAAUAAAGUUGUCCACAGAUAAGAUUACAUAUGUCCACUCAGGAGUUUAAAUUGAACUUUCAACACAUAGGAAAUGCUGUCAGUUGUAUUUCUGAAGCCUUUACACCCUAACAUCAGUAUGAAUAUUCUCCACACUCCUCUCUGUACAUUUACUAAAGUGCUGACAAGGAGAAUUUGUCUAACAAUCAGGAACAUAUUUAGUUGGUGAUCAUUUCUCUUAUUCCUGCAACCUUAAAGUGUGUUUCAGGGGUUAUCUUUUAAGGAGAAAUUAGAUGCUAGUCAUUCUCAGGGGUAUAAGGGUUAAGCCUUUAAUUAUUAUUUUCUUUAUUAUUUUUCAAAUUUUAUUUUCUCUUUUUUUCACUACACAGAGGGUUACACUUGUGGUAAAUGUGGCAAGAUAUUUACCUCUCUCAGCUAUCUGGCACGACAUAUCAAGCGCGUGUGUCCAGACAUGAGCUGCAGGAAGUGGAAAUGUACUAUGUGUGACAAGGCAUUUCGCCAUCCAUUUGGUCUCCAGCAGCACAUUUACACCCACACGGGGGAGAGGCCGCAUAAAUGUUCUCAGUGUCCAAAGGCUUUUUAUAGUUCCAAUGACCUAAGGAGACACAGCAGAAUACACUCAGGUGAUUUCUUAUUGUAGUCAACCUUUAAUUUUUUUUCUCUAUAUAGCAAUUCUCAUUACUGUCUAUCAUGCAGUUAUUAUGAUGUCAGUUUGGAGAAUUUGGAUUGACCAAAAUUCCCCUAACUGAUAUCCUUCUUUAUUCUCAUCCCUUGUCUGCUUGAUAUUGUAUAAGUGUUGUAAGGAGAAAUUAUGUCUUGGUCACUCAUGGGAGUUGAAGGGUUUUAAAACAUUUGAACACUUCAAGAGAGAGUGUAGUUCAUCAUUUGACGACUCAGAACUGAAGAGAAAUUUAACCCAAUAGCCAGGGGCAUCUAAAGGAAGUUUACCAUCCCCUGUCAUAUUAAGAAAAAUCUGCAGCAAGUAAACCAUAGAUUGUUAUUGACUGCACCAGAAAUCACUUGAAAUAUCCUUCAGUGAUCAUGCAGCUUCCUUCUAUUUUUAACACUUAAUCCUUAACUCCCAAGAUCUGAUUGCUAAUUCUCUCCUCUUGCUACUACACAUUACCAUGUUAAUUAGUUAUGAGAAUUUAUUGUUUGUUCAAGAGUACAUCUUCUGCCAGAUUAGUUUGUGUAUUCUUAUUACCUGUUUGUUUGAUAAUGUAUGGAUAUUUGUGGGAGAAGUUACAUGUUAAUCACAUCUGGGAGAGAAAGGGUCAAACCUCUAAGAAAGACUAGAGUCUAAUUUCUCCUAAAAGAAACACCUAUUCCUAAAUUUUCAAACUUCUUCAAGGGUUACAUGAAUGUUUAAUUGUACUUGGUCACACCAGGAAUCCCCUUUUUUUUGUGACAACUUUAUUUAGUUUCCACUGGCUUCAUUUUGUCACAGGUGAGCGCCCUUACCAUUGUAAGCAUUGUGAGAAGAGUUUUGCCACCACAAUAUCUUUGAAGACACAUACUUACAUCCAUACUGGGGAGAAGCCGCACAAAUGUCCUCACUGUCCUAAGACGUUUGCCACUUCAAGCAAACUGGGACGACAUAUUGUGACACACUCAGAACAGCGUCCCUUUGCAUGUGACCAUUGUCCUAAGUCUUUCAACAGAUCAGGUGAGAACUAGCUAAAUAUCUGGCUUAAUAUCUGGCAGACAGUCUGACCUAUGUCUGUGAUCUCUUUGCAUUUUUAUACUUUCAAGGUGGAUGAGUGAUCACAAAAGUGUUGUUAUCAACUUUAUUUAAAAGAAAUUAUCAAGAACCCAGUCAUUAAUGACCUAAGAAAUGUUUUAUUGCAUUUGAGGUUAUUAAGUCCUUAGGAAUUUUUUUCGUCAGAAAAUUACUCUCCUUUCAAUAACUCUCCCUUCACCAGAAAAAGUUGAACCAGUGGGCUUACUGGUAUAGUGCACUGGACACUGGGUCCUGAGGUUUUGGUCCAAGAUCAGGCUGGGUCAGUGUGUUAUGUUCUUGGGAAAAACACUAAACCCUUUAACUUCAAGAUCAAGUUUUUCAUUCUCCUUACUGUCAACCAUACAAUUCUCAUGAAAAUGUUACUGGUAGUUCAGAGAAUUUAGUAUUGGAUCAACUAAUUAUCCCCAAGUUGAUAUUUUUCUUUAUUCUCAUCACUUAUCUGGGUGAUAUUGUAUUGAUAUUGUAAGGAGAAAUUCUGUCUUAGUCACUCAUGGGAGUUUAAGGGUGAACUCUCACAGUACUUCUCUUCACUCAGGAGUAUAAAGGAGUACCAGCAAGGUGUCUAGCAAGCCCAUUUAAAUGCUUUGGGUAAUUAUGCAAUGGAGUAUCAUCCCAUUUAGGGAAGGAUAAGCCAGUUGGAUUGUAGGCAGUGCUUAAUUAAUACUCUCAUGCCACUUGAACUUAAGGUGAUCUACGGCGACACAACAUGCACGUGCAUGAAUCCCGUGACAAGCCAUUUGAUGUGGAUGACAGCAGUAUGACACAGUCAAACACCAACAAUAAUACCAGUACUUCCAGGGACAAAGACCAGGAUCCAGGGAAUAAGAAGAAUUGUGAUUUAUCACCAGAGCUGGGGCAUAAUCUGUCCCAUGAUGCUGCCGCAAAGGCUAGCCAGGGUGGGCAAACUUUGAAUAAAUCCAACCUCACAGGCGAAAUCCUGGCAGAGAGCACAGAAUCAUGCAGUGGAGACAAUGGUUAGGUUUAAAUAAUUACGGUAAUCAUUAUUCACCAAAGGGGAGGUAAACAUCCAGUACUUUCACCCAAAUGGAGACAAAUAGCAAGUAAAAUACCACACAGAAACUAGACAAUUAGUUUACUUUUUGUCGUUAUUCCCAAAUAUUGUGGGAAAAGAUUCCUCAUGUGCAAUUUUAUGUCCAUGGCUGCUCAGACAUGAAUAGUACUUGCUAAUCACUUCUGAGCCAGCUAAUCAGUGGGAGCAAAAAUCCUCAUUCACUUGUUGUGUGGUACAAUACACACUAAGUUCAUUCAGUAACUGGAUGGCUCCCUAAGCUUGUUCAGUCAAAAUGCCUUGAUGUCUGUCAAGUUCUUAAUUUGAGUUUUUGUAGACCACAGCUUUGUCUUUGUCUAAUGUAGUUCAGUUACACUAAAAGACCUUGGCAAAUAUUAAGCCAUGUUUGUCCCUCACAAGGUCAAUGACAAUUACCUUUUGAUUUUUAAUGAAUGUCUUUGCAGCAACGUUUUUAGGGUGUGAAGGUAGAGACUUUCUUGUCAAAGCUAAAUUUUGAACCUAAUUAAAGGUUUCUAGGAGUGGUUAUGUUAAAUUUGUGCUUCAUGAAUUGGUGUAAAAAAAUGAUUUGUUUAUUAAGAAUGUUCUGGUAUGUCACAGCAUUAGAAUAAGUGAAUACAGAUAUGUCAAAUUUGAGCAGCCUUGCAAGUGCACUUUUGGUGGAAUCUGUGAGGGUAAAGCUGUGGGCUUUUUUUUCUCCUGGAAGCUCUGCAUGAUUUGUUUGUAUGAUUUUUGACAAAUCACUGUAAAUUCCUUACAAAGUGUUUCUAAUAGUGGACCUAGGUUCAAAAAGUGCUUUUAUUUCAUAAUUGAAAAUUUAUUAUCAAUGGGGUUUGAUAUCAUGGUUAAGGAUUUCAAAGAGAAGUUUAUUACAGUUUAUUACUAUUUAGUUUGAAUGUGAUGGAUUCACACCUUUUUUGUGGUCAGGGUGUUUUUUUUGUGAGAGCAAAGUUGUUGUAUGUGCUCAGUUAUUGCCUCAUUGUGCUUUGCAAUGAUUAUUUUAUGCUAUGUCUCCUUUUGGAGAGUGUUUUGUAUAGUGCCACGUAAAUUUGAAAUAUUCAUAGAAUAUUGCUUCAUGCUGUGUAAUGGGUAGCCACCUAUGUGGCAAAAGAACUAGGCAAAAAUUAUUGCAAUUAGACAAAAUUCUUCCCCACUAUUGAAAGGGGAAUUUUCUCCUUUAUGUAACAAGGAUGCUCAUUGCUGAAGAUCUUCCUUUUAACAUUUGAUUAUCAAUUCCCCUUUCUUGACUCCCUACAAUUCCUCACUGUUGGUGAGGAGAAUUUGGUAUUUCAACAAUUUACGAUGUACGUAAUCUCCAGCAUAAUCUCUCUGCUAUCACCUUUAAAAUGGAAGUUUCCUGGAAAAGGGGGACCAGGAUUGGGAAGCUGGAAUCAGAGAUCAUGAGUAUAUGAAAUUUGUUCUCCUUUAUCGGUUUCCAUUUCCUAUCCUAGAGAAUAUUUUAUCUCCCACCUUCAUUGUAAAUUCUGGAUCCUGGUUUUCCAAGAAAGCUUUCCUGGAUGUUAGGAGAUUGAGGGUAAAAGCAGACUUUUAUUUGUACCCUUACAAACCAUGUCCCUUGACAGCCCUGACUGAGGAUGGAGUUAAAU